UAUAAAGGAGGCUGGAGGGACAGCUGCAUGUUCACUCACUGGCAAGGUGUAGUGAGAGGAAGCGGGUACAGGAGCGUCCUCUCCCUGCUCUGGCAGACUGUCCCUUCUCUGUGCCAGUGUCUGCUGUCUGUCCGCUGCUUGAGGUGGAGGGUCUCCUGCGGCUUGUGCAUACUUGAGUGAACUUUGCAGGGAGCUACGGUGCUGAGAAGAUGCACCGCUCCACGCUCGGGGGCUUUCUGCUGCUCGCCUGUCUCAGUUUGGCCAGCGGCCUGAGGCCCAAGAAAAGACAAACGUACGCCACGGGUAGCCAGAACCAAAAUUAUUGUUAUGACAAUGGGAAGGCUUACCACAUCAACCAGCAGUGGGAGCGUACUUACCUGGGUCGAGUGAUGAUAUGUACCUGUUAUGGCGCAGGUCGAGGCUGGAACUGUGAAUCCAAACCUGACGUGGAGGAGAUGUGCUACGAUCAGUACACUGGGAACAGGCAGCGUGUUGGUGACACCUGGGAGCGCCCCAAGGACGGCAUGAUCUGGGACUGCACCUGCAUUGGAGCCGGCAGAGGAAGGAUCAGCUGCACCAUCGCAAAUCGGUGCCAUGAGGGGGGCCAGUCCUAUAAGAUUGGAGAUACCUGGAGGAGACCUCAUGAGACGGGUGGCCAUAUGCUGGAGUGUGUCUGCCUUGGAAAUGGGAAAGGAGAAUGGACCUGCAAACCGAUAGCGGAAAGGUGCUAUGACAAUGUGGCUGGGUCUACUCAUGUUGUUGGAGAGACCUGGGAAAGGCCGUACCAAGGCUGGAUGAUGAUCGAGUGCACCUGUUUGGGAGAAGGCAACGGACGCAUCACUUGCAGUUCACGAAACCGGUGCAAUGACCAGGAUACCCGGAUGUCCUACAGAAUUGGUGACACCUGGACCAAAAAAGAUACCAGGGGAAACCUACUUCACUGCACCUGCCUUGGCAAAGGUCGUGGACAGUGGGAAUGUGAACGCCAUACAACUGUAACGUCAACAUCUAUUGAUUCUGCCAGUCAGAUACAGCACCAGGUCAUUCCUGCAGUUUACCAGCACCAGUGUAUCAGUGAUGGAGGUAUUUUGUACUCUGAUGGAAUGCAGUGGCUCAAGAUGCAAGGCAACACCCGAAUGCUGUGCAAAUGCCUGGGUAAUGGCGUGAGCUGCCAGGAGUUGUCAAAGCAGACUUAUGGUGGGAAUGCCGAGGGAGAACCCUGUGUGUUUCCCUUCACGUUCAUGGGAAAGACUUACCACUCCUGCACCACUGACGGACGGCAAGAUGGCAAAUUCUGGUGCAGCACCAGCGCAGACUUUGACAAUGGCCGCACAUACUCUUUCUGCAGCCAGCAGGCCUCCAACUUCGUCCAAACUAGAGGAGGGAACUCAAACGGUGCGCUGUGCCACAUCCCCUACCUGUACAACAGGCAGAACUACACUGCUUGCACAUCUGACGGCAGGAAGGAUGGCAUGAAGUGGUGUGGGACAACUGCCAACUAUGACGCUGACGGGAAGUUUGGCUUCUGCCCAAUGGCAGAGCACGAAGAAGUGUGCACCACCCAGGAAGGGAUCAUGUACCACGUUGGAGACCAGUGGGACAAGCGUCACGACCUUGGUCACAUGAUGAGAUGUACAUGUAAUGGAAAUGGCCGCGGUGAAUGGAGCUGCAUUUCACAUACUCAGCUUCGAGACCAGUGCGUGGUGGAUGGAAUAAACUACGAAGUAAACCAGAAGUUUAACAAACUGCACGAUCAGGGUUACCAGAUGAACUGCACUUGCUUCGGGCAAGGCCGAGGGCAGUGGAAGUGUGACGCCAUCGACCAGUGCCAGGACACCGAAACAGGCCAGUUUUAUCAGAUUGGCGAAUCGUUUCCAAAGUUUCUCAACAGGAUCCAUUAUUCGUGUUAUUGUCACGGCCGGGGAGUUGGUGAAUGGACUUGUGAACCAGAGCAAACUACCAGAGGAACUGGACCUGUGCAAGUGGUGAUCACAGAGAUGGGGAACCUGACAAAUUCUCAUCCUAUUCAAUGGAACACACCAGACUCUGCUCACAUCAAGAACUACAUCCUGCGCUGGAGGCCUAAAAACUCAAGGGUCCAGUGGAGCAGUGUGACCAUUCCGGGCAACAUGCACUCCUACACUAUCGAUGGCCUGAAGUCUGGCCUCACCUACGAAGGCCAGCUGAUCAGCUUCAUGCACUAUGGCAAGAAAGAUGUCAUCCGAUUCGAAUUCUCAACUUCUGUUUCAACUUUAACUAACUUCGAGGGCAUGACAGAUGUGACUGAUGUCCACGACCGGAUUACUGAGACCUCGGGCACUGAAUCCAUCACCGAGCUCACCUCCAGCAGUUUUGUCGUGUCCUGGUCGUCUGCCUCCGACACGGUGUCAGGCUUCAGGAUCAAGUACGAGCUCAGCGAGGAUGACGCUCAGCCCCAGUACUUGGAUGUUGCAAGCACAGCCACAUCGGUUUCUAUUCCCAACCUGCUACCUGGGCGUAAGUACAUUGUGAACGUUUAUGAAAUUUCAGAAGAUGGAGAAAAACUGAUCCUAACAAGGACGCCCACGACAGCACCUGAUGCUCCCACUGAGUACAAGGUGGACAAGGUAGAUGAAUCCUCCAUUACCAUAAGAUGGUCCAGUCCUCAAGCCCCCAUCACAGGUUACCGGGUGGUGUACACACCCUCUGUGGAAGGAACCAGCACUGAGAUCAUUCUGCCCAGUACCACCACCAAUCUGACCCUGACCGACCUCUCCCCUGGCAUCCAGUAUAACAUCAGCAUCUACGCCGUGGAGGAGAACCAGGAGAGUGUCCCUCUGGUCAUCCAGAGAACUACACUGGGUGAACCACUCCCAGUUGUCGUGCAGUCUCCUUCGAACUUGCAGUUCUUUGAUGUCACUGAGACCCAAAUCACCAUCAUGUGGACCCCUCCGAUUGGCAAGAUCACAGGCUACAGGGUCACAGUCCAGCCAAUUGGCGAGGCGGGCCUGUCAUCCAUCAGGCUGCCUAUUUCCAGGAACGACUACAUUAAGGUCACCAACCUGUUUCCGGGGACUACUUACCGCUUCUACGUGUAUGCAGUAGACGAGGGGGCCGAGAGCACCCCGCUGGUUGGGGAGCAUGCUACCAAACUUGACACUCCGACUAAUUUGGAGUUCAGAAACAUCACACUGACCUCGGCGCUGGUGACCUGGACCCCACCCAGAGGCAAAAUUACUGACUACAUCCUGGCCUGGGGACCGACGACCAAUGGCCAACCCAAAACACUCAAGCUCCGUCCAAGUGUCACACACCGACAGCUGACCAAACUGCUGCCUGGGACUGAGUACCUUGUCGCUCUCACUGCAAAUCAAGACAAACUUCAGAGCUCAAGGGUUCACAGUAUUCUAAUGACUCCCGAGAUGGUGGGAUCAAUACCCAGCUACACCACCAAAGUGACAGACACAGCUAUUAUAGUCACUUGGACGCCCAUGCCCAGGGUAUCAUUCAAGGUUGGAGUCCGGCCCUCGCAAGGUGGAGAAUCUCCUCGUGAAAUAACCACGAGCUCUGGGAAUAUCAUCAUCUCCAGCCUGACCCCAGGCACAGAGUACACAGUUUCCAUUACAGUGUUGGUGAAUGACGAGGAACGGGAGGCCCCCAUCAUCAAGAAUGUUGUCACAGAAAUCUCCCCACCAACCAAUCUGGAAGUCCAUUUGAACCGGACCACAGGGGAAAUGACACUAACUUGGCAACCAGGAUCAACACCAGGUAUCACUGGCUAUCGGGUAUCCUGCACUCCAACACAAGGCCAACAUGGCAACCUGGUGGAGGAGGUUGUUGAACCUUACCACACAUACUGGAACAUGGAGAACUUGAGUCCUGGCAUUGAAUACCUCAUCAGUGUUUAUACCGUCAAGGAUCAGAAGGAAAGUGCUCCGGUAUCCACGCUGAUAACCCAAGAAAUACCCCGACUCACUGACCUCACCUUCGUUGAUGUAAGUGACUCGACCAUCGGCUUGAGGUGGACGCCGCUUAACUUUUCGGCCAUUACUGGCUACCGCAUCACUGUCAUAGCGGCGGGGGAGUCCGUUCCCAUUUUUGAAGACUUUGUGAGCGCGUCGACGGGAUACUAUACUGUGCAAGGCCUGGAACCCGGAAUAGAUUACGACAUCAGUGUUAUCACCCUGAUAGAGGGUGGCGAGAGUAUUGCAACCACUCGGAAACAGCAAACUGCGGUGCCGCCCCCCACUGACCUACGAUUCACCCACGUGCUCGCGGACUCCAUGAGGGUCAGCUGGUCUCCACCAUCUUCCAUCGACCUCAGCAAUUUCAUCGUGCGUUACAGCCCUGUCAGGAACCAGGAGAUCUUCACCAACCUCACCAUCGCCCCAUCCGACAGCAUGGUGAUCCUGACAGGUCUCCGGCCUGGUACUACCUACCUGGUGAAGGUCUUCAGCGUCAUCGAUAGCAGGGAGAGUGCCCCACUGACUGGAACCCAGCGAACAGGCAUUGACUCUCCAACUGGCAUUGACUUCUCCGAUAUCAGCACCAACUCCUUCACUGUGCACUGGAUGCCACCCAUGGUCCCAGUCACUGGCUUCAGGGUGCAGCUCCAACCUGAGAAGGGAGGCAGGCCAAGGAUUGAGAGGGUGCCGGCUUCCCACACCUCCCACCUGUUGACCAACCUGAGCCCUGGCUCGGAGUAUGUCGUCAGCAUCUAUGCCAUGAGCGGUCAGCAGGAGAGCUUGCCUUUGGUCGGGCAGCAGUCCACCAUCUCGGACUUGCCGACCAACUUGGAAUUCACCCGGUCCACGCCUAACAGCCUGACUGUCAGCUGGACCCCACCGCCCAUGACCGUCAAGUACUACCGCAUCACCUACGGAGAGACCGGAAGCCACAGCCCUGGGAAGGUCAUAACGGUGUCAGGAGGCGAGUCAAUGGUCACCAUCACCAACCUCCGCCCAGACACGCAGUACACUGUCACAGUGUCUGCCGUCACUGGCCGUGGUGACAGUUCGGCAUCCAGCAAGCCUAUCGUGGGUUCUGAGAGGACAGAGAUUGACAUGCCGACCGUGCUGAAGGUGGACGACGUGCAAGACCACAGUCUGACCGUCAGCUGGACCCCUCCCAUUACGCCGGUAAAGGGUUACAGGGUCACCAGCACGCCAAAGAAUGGGCAUGGCCCAAAUAUAUCCAAGACUAUCCCGGCAGGUCAGAACCGCCUGACCAUCGAGGGCUUGGCGCCAUCAGUGGAGUACUUGGUCAGCGUGUACGCUCUGGGAGAGCAUGGGGAGAGCCCACCUCUCACCGAAACAGCAGUAACCGCGCCUGUUAGCCAAGUGAAAGAACUGAUCUUCAUGGACGUGGAGGCAGAUUCCAUGCGGCUGAUGUGGGAGAAGCCAAAAAGUUGGGUCACGACCUACAGGGUAAUCUACUCUAGCCCCGAGGAUGGAGUCCACGAGCUCGUGCCCAGCCCCGACUCCAGGGCCAUUUCUGCUGAGCUGACUGGCUUGCGCCCAGGGACAGAGUACAAAGUGCAAGUGUACGCUGUAUAUAAUGGCCAGGAGAGCUCCUCUUUCAUGGGCAAACAGACUACAGCCAUUCCGCCACCAACUAACCUGGAGUUUGUGCAGGUGACUCCGACAAGUAUGACCAUAAGCUGGCAUGCCCCUCGUGCCCAGCUGACUGGUUAUCGCGUGGUAGUGAAACCAAGGGAGAAGGCAGGCCCAAGCCAACAGGUGACUGUUGGCCCCGAUAACACCAGUGCCACCAUCUCUGGUCUCAUGGUAGCGACUAGGUACAACAUCUUCGUUUACGCUAUCAAGGACUCCUUGACCAGUCAGCCUUUGCAAGGCAUCAAAGCGACACUGGACGAUGUGAGUCCGCCGCGCCGAAUCCACGUCGGCGGUGUGACGGAGACCACCAUCACGCUGCAGUGGCGCACCAAGGCAGAACUCAUCACCGGCUUCCAGAUCACCGCUGUGCCCUCUAGCCAUAGAGACACCAUCCAGAGGACUGUGGGACCCGAUACGCGCACAUACACCAUCACAGGUCUCCACCCUGGCACAGAGUACAAAAUCAACAUCUACACCCUCAGCAGCACGUCUCGCAGCCCACCUACCUCCGUCCUAGCUCGAACUGCUAUCGAUUCUCCAUCAAACCUCCGGUUCAUCUCCGUGACGGAAAACACCAUCAUGUUCACAUGGCAGCGUCCCCGCUCCAAGAUCACAGGGUACCACAUCACCUACCACCCCAGGGGAGGCCAUCCGGUGGAGCUCCGACCUCGGCCAUCAGCCAGUGCCCAAGAAGCAGUGAUCACAGGACUAAGGCCUGGAACCGAGUACAUCAUCAAUAUUAGAGCUAUUCAGAACUCUCUGCAGAGUGAGCUGCUGACCGGGAGGAAGAGUACAGAAGCCCUCUUCCCGCAGCUUACCACUUUCCUCCCGCCUGAAAGACACCAGCAGCCUGGGUCCUGGAGUGGUCACUUGCCCCUUGACUCGUCAAGGCCGCUCACAGAUUCCAGUCAUGACAAGCGGAAUGGUCUAUCAGUUUCAGGAUCGGAUCAAGGCCAUUGGCAGCCACCCAAGAGUCAUCCAAUCCCCACUGAGGUGGAUAAUCACGACAGCCAUCGGCGACAUCCCUCCACCCACGUCAAGCCAAUCAACAGCACAUUAGGCCAGCAGGAAGGUGAGGGCAACAGAGUGCUGGAGCACUAUGUCGUCACUCCCACCUUGCCGUCCCGUCACCACCAAGCAGAAUUCGUGGAGGAGAGUGGGCGGCAACCAGAGCGAACUGGUGGCCAGCCGUAUGGAAACGAUGCACUGCAGACGUACACCAUCUCCUGGAACCCUGUUGCUGACGCCAACGAGUACCUGGUCUCGUGUUACCCAGCUGAGAGUGACAAACUACUCCUGCAGGUGCGGGUACCAGGAACCUUAUCUUACGCUAUGCUUCAUGGCCUUAAAUACGGGGAGCAGUACAACGUAGUAGUGGAAGCCCUGAAUGGUAAUGAUAAACACGUAAUAUUGGAGGAAACAAUCACCGCUAAUCAACAACCUCCCAACCAACCAGAACGCUCUGCCCCUUCACAGGAGUUCUGCUUUGACACUGUCACUAAUUCCAACUAUGCAGUCGGCGAGGAGUGGGAACGAUUGUCCGAGACCGGAUUCAAGCUGUGGUGCAUAUGCAUAGGUUAUGGAAAUGGUUAUUUCAAGUGUGACUCAUCUAAAUGGUGCCACGAUGGCGGCAACAACUAUAAAGUGGGUGAGAAAUGGGAUCGGCGCGAUGAGAAUGGCCAAAUGGUCAGCUGCACUUGUCUGGGCAACAGAAAGGGAGAAUAUAAAUGUGAACCACAUGAAGCAUCAUGUUACGAUCAAGGGAACAUGUACAACGUAGGGGAACAGUGGCAGAAGGAGUACCUUGGCGCCAUUUGCUCAUGCACCUGCUUAGGAGGACACCAGGGCUGGCGCUGUGACAACUGCCGAAGACCCAGACCUGAUGCCACAAGAGACGGAGGCAACUUCCCUGGCCAGCCGACCACCAACGAUAGGCCGAGGUAUGUGCACUGCCCAGUGGAAUGUGGUGGCCCCAGAGACGUGCUGGCCGACUCUCACAGCUUGGAGUAAGGUGGCAGACGGCAAGAGCAAAGCUGCGAGCAUGGGACAGGAGCUGCCUGGCCCUGUUUCUAGCCCACCCAACUGCACUCUCCCAGCUUCUGCGCUCACACUCGCAACCUCUCUGCUUCCUCCAACCUAAGCCGUCACAGCCUCACCUGCUACGUCAGUGAAUGUCCACCAGCAAGAGCCAAUGGCAACUAAAGACCUCAAAGGAAAUGGUUACAGGUUGGCUUUAAACCUGCAACUGCAAUGAAGAAAAUCCAUCCACAAACCCACUGAUAGACCAGGCCUUUAUAAGCUACACAUGGGUUAAACAAGCAGCAUCGCUAAUUAAUAAAAUGCACACCCUUCUCUUCAAAUACUAUUGAACCUCCCCUCCCCGUGUCAGGUGAUCAAAGUUGUAAUUGUGUAACUGAACCAGCUGUUAUUUAUCAGUAUUUUCUCCCUCCUGCAGUGUGUUAUUCUCUUUAAUUCUUAUACCGUUGAAUAAACAAGGAUGCAACUGGUGCCAGAAGAUUUUAAUUGUUAGUAUAUUUUCUGUGAUCAGUGACUGUUUAAGUGCCAGUGCUUUCCUAACAAUGGAGAGAUGAACCUUGUUUUAAUAAAACUUUUAAACACCACAGAAAGCAGUGUGGUCUUCCUCUGAGGUAAGAAGCAAACUUAAAGUAACUUCUGAAAGGGAAUUCUGCAGCAUAUUAGACCCAUUGGGCUGAAUGGAUUUAUGCUAGAACAGGUCCCCAUGAACUUUCUGUCACUCCCCUUCACCCAUUCUUUUACUCUUUCCUCCCUCCUGUACUUUAUUUAGCUUCUUCUCAAACCCACCCAGGCCAUUUGCAUCAGCCACUGCAAUCCACUCUAGGUUGAGCAUUUUCCCCAAGCAUCAGUGGCUGACUAUGGCCUUAGUUUGGCUGAGGAUGAAGAGGGGGACCAAUGGAAUA